AUGCCGGAACAGAAGAGCGCGCUGAACGUGGUCAUGGGUGCCAUGACCUUCGGAUACGAAGGAACGGACGGGGCGCGCCUGCACACGCCCGAAGCCGUAUCCGAGGUCCUUGACGUCUUCCAGAACCAUGGCUUCAAUGAGAUCGACUCUGCACGCGUCUACACGAGCGGAUCGUCUGAAGAGCUACUCGGCAAGAUCGACUACAAGGCUCGUGGGCUAUUGUACGAGACGAAGCUGUACCCCGCGGCUCCCAUGAACAUCACGCACAAGCCCGAGAGCUUGCGCGAGAACCUGGAGAAGUCCCUCAAGGCUAUGAACACCGACUGCCUCGAGAUGUGGUAUCUGCACGCUCCCGACCGCAGCACGCCGUAUGAGGAGACCAUGCGCACGGUUAACGACCUCUACAAAGAGGGCAAGUUCAAGCGCUUCGGCAUCAGCAACUACUACGCAUGGGAGGUCGCGGAGAUCGUACUCAUCUGUCGCAAUAACGACUGGAUCCAGCCUACCGCGUACCAGGGCAUCUACAAUGCCAUUCACCGUCGCGUCGAGCCCGAGCUCUUCCCUUGCUUGCGCAAGUUCGGCCUCAGCUUCUAUGCCUUCAACGCGCUCGGUGGAGGCUUCUUCACAGGGAAGUACAGUUCCUCGAGCGACGCAGCAGGCCAGCGCUUCGACGCAAACGGCAGGCAGGGCCAGAUGUACCGCAAGCGGUACUGGAAUGACCCCUACUUCAAGGCUAUCGACCUCUUGAAGCCCGUAUGCGAGAAGAAUAACCUCACGCUCGCCGAGGUCGCGCUCCGGUGGAUCUCGCACCACAGCUUGAUGAGCCGCGAGCAUGGCGACUCGGUCAUCAUCGGCGCGUCGAGCACGAAGCAUCUUGAGCAGAACUUGGUCGACCUCGAGAAGGGACCCUUGCCUGAGGACGUGUUGAAGGCACUUGAUGAGGCAUGGGUGUCGGUCAUGCCGGUGGCGUCGAAUUACUGGCAUUGA